AUGUCUCGGCCCAGCAGCAGAGCCAUUUACCACAACCGGAAGGAGUAUACCCAGAGUCUCGCCAUGGAGCCCAGCCAGGUGCAGCACCGAGUGGAGCACCUGAUGACGUGUAAGCUGGGGGCGAGACGGAUCCAGGAACCCAAGGACGUGCUGCAGAGGCUGCAGGACAUGGACGCACAAGGCCAAGUGUGGAGCCAGGACCUGCUCCUGCAGGUCAGGGACGGCUGGAUGCAGCUGCUGGACAUUGAGACCAAGGAGGAACUGGACUCCUACCGCCUGGACAGCAUCCAGGCCAUGGACGUGGCGCUCAACGUCUGCUCCUACAACUCCAUCCUGUCCAUCACUGCACAGGAGUCAAGCUCCGCAGGCACCAACACCCUGCUCUUCCAGUGCCAAGAAGUGGGGGCAGAGAAACUGAAGAGCAGCCUGCAGAGGGCGGUGCAGGAGGAGCUGGAGCAGAGGCCCCGCUUCGGAGGCCCGCGGCCAGGCCAGGACAGAUGGCGGGAGCCUCCCCUGGAAAGGCCUGUCCCCAUGGAGCCGAGGUUCCCACAGGAAAGAAACUUCUCUGAAGAGCCACCCCACAGGAUGGCCCAGGAGGACUACUCCCGGCUGCCCCCGAAGCCACUGUCACGCCAGUCCAGUGCUCGGGAGCCCUUCCCCGCCAGGCGGCCCCCCUCCCCUGAGGACCAGGACCUGAUGGGGGCAGAGAUGGAGCUGAACCGCACCCUGCAGGACAUUGAUAUGUUUGUGAAAACAGUGGAGGCCCAGGGGAAGGCCAGCCACAAGAAGAAACUAAAGAAGAAAAAAGCCAAGAAUCAGAGUGGUGUGACUCAGGCACAGUAUAUUGAUUGCUUCCAGAAGAUCAAGCACAGUCUCAAUCUUCUGGGCAUGCUGAACCAUAGCCUGCAGGGGCCAGGGGCUCCGGAGUUCGUGCACAUCCUGUUCCAAACUCUGAGCCGCUUGCUGGACUACUGCUCCGAGAAGACCCUGGCAGCCCAAGUGAUCUCACCGCUCCUCAGCCCCAACGCUAUCAACCUGCUCCAGUCCUGCCUCAGCCCGAAGGAGAGGACAUUCUGGAAGGGGCUGGGCAUCGCCUGGACCACCAGCCGGGAAAAUUGGAAAGGCAGCGAGCCCAUACCUUACCAGCCCACCUUCUCCAGAGACUUGCAGAGCCCGAAGCCCUUCAGCCAGGAACAGGAACCCCCAGGAAACCAGAACCUGUCUGUCUCUAGGUCAGCGAGCAGCUCCCACCUUGACCCAGAGGAGCCAUACAACAGUGGCCAGGCAGCUCAGAGGAUGCAGGCUGUCUGUGAGUUCCAGGCCAGGAACCAGCAGGAACUCACGGUGGCCCAAGGGGAGAUGCUGGAGGUUCUGGACCAGAGCAAGCGGUGGUGGCUGGUGAAGAACCAGGAGGGCUCAAGUGGCUACAUCCCCAGCAACAUCCUGGAGCCCCUCCAGCCGGACGAGACCCAGAGUCAGAGCCAGUCCCCGCCUUGGACACCGACGCUGAGACUUAGCUCGAAGCCGGCAGAGGUCACAGCCUGGCUGCAGGCCGAGCACUUCUCCCCUGACACGGUGAAGACACUUGGGCACAUGAACGGCCACCAGCUGCUCCAUUUGAGACCCGGGGAGCUACAGAUGCUCUGCCCUCAGGAGGCCCCACGGAUCCUGUCGAGGCUGGAAGGCAUCAAACGGAUGCUGGGGAAGCGCGCCCUGCUCCCCAGCGCCCGAAGCCCUGAUGACGCCAAGUCCAGCGACUGA